GGGCCUGAAGCAGGGCGCUUUUGUUACGGCUAGAGGGAGAGAGGGAGACAGUUGUGCUGAAAUACACAGCAGUCAGAUUUAUCCAAAGUCCGCUCCAACAUCCCGCUAAAUACGAGGCCCUCUUUCAAAUCCGCAGCCACCAAACCAGCCAUGGGAACCGAGAACUGACUAAAUAUUGUCCCUGAUUUUAACAAUACAUUGAGUUACCAAGCGAAGAGGCCUGUACUUAAUCUUUUGUUGUACCUGUUUUUAAUAUAUUGCACCAGGGAUCUCAGAUAUUGGGUGUAUUUGAUUAGAAUGGAACACGCUGAAGGGCCUGUAAGAGAAAGGGAAACCUAAGGAUGCUGGAGCAGAACAAUGGAUUUCUCCUUCUCUUUCAUGCAAGGGAUCAUGGGAAACACAAUUCAGCAACCGCCCCAGCUCAUUGACUCAGCCAACAUCCGGCAGGAGGACACUUACGAUGCCGGCAGCGAUGCAGGGGAAGAAGGGGGCCCCUCUGCCUACGAGUCGGCCCUGGAGUCCGGCUUCUCGUACCCUCCCGAAGACCUGCCAGUUGUCACCAAUGGCUACCCUCCAGGUAUGGGACUCUAUGAGCCCCCGACCAAAUAUGCCAUGUACUCGCAGCUCCCUAACGGCUCGGCCAACGGCUACAGUGCCAUCCGCAGCUAUGGAGACCACUGCCUGCUACCGGGGGAGGGCACGGUGUUGAGACCCCCCGUCGUCCAGGAGAAACCCCCGUCUCCUACCUCACCAUCUGCCCACCUGCUCCACCACCACCACCUGCAUCACCCCCACCCUCCAUACCACCAUCACCACCUCCACAGCCCCCCGCCUCCCCCCCAUCACCAGCAGCUUCCGCUGCCCCACCUCAUGGCCUCCGUGCUGCCCCCUCCUCCACCCCUGCUCCUCCCGUCUUCCCCGCCGCCGCCCUCCGCACUGGACGUCCCGCCCCCGGCCGCGACCAAGAAGACCAGCUCCCCCGAGAUCAAGCUGAAGAUCAUCAAGACGUACCACAACGGCCGGGAGCUGUUCGAGUCGUCCUUGUGCGGGGACCUGCUGCAGGAGGUCCAGGCCAGCGAGGCGUCCCGUCAGAGGCACGAGCGCAAGAAGGAGAAGAGGAAAAAGAGGCUGGAGGCCGGCCACGGGCUGGCCGCCGAACCAGAGCGGCCCCAAGGGGGCGCUGAAGAGCCCAGGGAGCAGCACUGUGAAUGCUCGGAGGACCCGCUUGGACACAGGCAAGAGCAGCGACCCGCAAGCAGUCCCAGCGCAGAGCCCAAGGAAAAGAAAGUUCAGAAGAACCCUCCCUCCAUUAGUAGCACCGGUGGCUGUGCGGACCAUGACGUGGGGGACCUGGUGUGGGCCAAAGUGGGGACGUACCCCUGGUGGCCUUGCAUGGUGUCCUGCGAUCCCCAGUUGGACGUUCACAUGCGAAUAAACACCCGAGGUCACAGGGAGUACCACGUGCAGUUUUUUGGGAGUGUCGCGGAGAGAGCCUGGAUCCAUGAGAAGAGAGUGGUGGUGUAUGAAGGGCGGGAACAGUUUGACGAGCUGCAGGCUGAGACUUUGCGCAAGACCACCAAUCCAGUGGAGAGACACAAGCUGCUCAGGCCCAUCCCUCAGAGGGAGCGCAGUCAGUGGAAGGUGGGCAUCGGACACGCCGAGGACGCCCUCCUGAUGACCAGGGAGGAGCGCAUCGAGAACUACACCUUCAUCUAUGUGGACCCCUCCUCCUCGCCGCCUCAGGACGGGGGGAAGUCGGCCAAGCCGGAGAGGAAGGCACGGCGCUCCAGGAGCGGCGGGGGAGGGGCCGGCAGGGGGGAGGAGACGCCCCCCCGCAGGCAGCAGCCGAAACGGCAGUGCAGCUCGACGGGCACGGACGAGCAGCUGGGCCCCGCCCCGCUGGAACAGGAACAGGGCCCCCCCUCCCCGCCCUCCCAGGACCCCCUGCCCCAGUCGCAGUCCCCACCCGUAAAGACCGCCUGGAAGACCGCGGCGGCACGCAAGCUCCUCCCGCUCUCCAUCACCAUGAAGAGGCUCAACGUGGAGAUCACCAAGUGCGACUGGCCCCUGUACAGAGAGAAGGUCCCCUCACCCAGGGUGGCCGACGGGGAUAGCAAGCAGGCCAACGACGAGGUGCGGUCGCCUAGGAGCUGCAGUGGUAAAGUCGAGGGGGGAGGUCAGGAGCCGGAGAGGGUCGUUUCUCCAGGUGGGAGGAGGAGCGAUCAGGGCGUGGCGCAGCAUGCAUCGGCAGAGGCCCCGUCAGGGGCUCUGGAGCGGAAACAGCAGCGCAGGUCCGUGCGGAGCCGCUCCGAGUCGGAGAAGUCCGCGGACCCCGUGCCAAAGAAGAAGGUGAAGAAGGAGCAGGCAGAAACUGUCCCGCAGACAGACUGGAAGGCUGGAUCACAAAAAGGUGCCAGUGAGAUUUCAGACUCUUGCAAACCCCUGAAGAAGAGGAGCCGGGCCUCCACGGAUGUGGAGAUGGCCAGCUCCCAGUACCGUGACACGUCCGACUCAGACUCCAGGGGCCUCAGUGAUCCACAGGUGGGAUUUGGGAAAUGCGCAGACAGUCCCGCAGCUGCAGACGCAGACGGCUCUGAUACGCAGUCUGUGGACUCUAGCCUGUCCAGUCAGGGCAGCUGUUCAUCCAAAAAAGACACAGUCUGUCAGGUCUGUGAGGCGUUUGGGGAGUCGCUGGUGUCUUGCGAAGGCGACUGCAACAGGCUGUACCACUCAGAGUGCUUGGCGCUCGAACCCUCGCCUGAGGGGAAGUUCACAUGCCCGGAGUGUAAGGCAGGCACUCACGCCUGUUUCUCCUGCAAGGUCGUCGACGGCGACGUCACGCGCUGCGCGGUUGGAGGCUGCGGCCGUUUCUACCACGAGUCCUGCGCCCGCAAACACACGGGCGUGCCCUCCGACGCCAAGGGCCUCCAAUGCCCCCAGCACAGCUGCGCCACCUGCAGGGUGGAGAGGGACCUGCACAAGGCCAGCAAAGGGCGAAUGAUGCGCUGUAUACGCUGUCCGGUGGCCUAUCACACGGGAGAUGGCUGCGUGGCAGCAGGCAGCGUGGUGAUCACGCCCCACAUUAUCAUAUGUAGCAACCAUUCCCCUUCCGCAAAGAACGGCCACGCGUCCUCACCGGUAAACGUAGGCUGGUGUUUCGUCUGUGCCCGAGGGCUCUUAGUGCAGGACCAUACUGACAUCAUAUUACGUUCAUAUGCCUAUAAAUCCCACUACCUUCUGACUGAGUCAAAUCGUGCUGAGUUGAUGAAAUUACCUAUGAUUCCUUCUUCUUCGUCAGCCACCCAAAAGAAUGUUGGGAAAGGGGGAAGACUGCUGUGCUGCGAGGCCUGCCCCGCCUCCUUCCACCCUGAGUGCUUGAGCAUGGACAUGCCGGAGGGGCCGUGGCUCUGUAAUGAGUGCAGGGCCGGGAAGAAGCCCCAUUACAAACAGAUCGUCUGGGCCAAACUGGGGAACUACAGGUGGUGGCCAGCGGAGAUCUGCAGCCCCCGCCUCGUCCCCUUCAACAUCCAGACGCUAAAACACGACAUUGGGGAUUUCCCGGUCUUCUUCUUCGGCUCACAUGAUUACUACUGGAUCAACCAGGCCCGGGUUUUCCCCUAUGUGGAGAGCGACAAGAACAUCGUUAUAGGCCAGAUUGGAAUUAACAAGACUUUUAAAAAAGCACUUGAAGAGGCUGCUAGGAGGUUCCUGGAGCUGAAGGCUCAGAGGGAGAACAAGGAGGCCCUGGAGCAGGAACGCCAGUCCCGCAAACCCCCACCCUAUAAAUUCAUCAAGUCCAACAAGCCAGUGGGGAAAGUGCAGGUGCACGUGGCCGACCUAUCGGAGAUCCCGCGCUGCAACUGCAAGCCCACGGAUGAGAACCCGUGCAGCCUGGACUCGCAGUGCCUGAACCGGAUGCUGCAGUACGAGUGUCACCCGCAGGUGUGCCCGGCGGGCGACCGCUGCCACAACCAGUGCUUCUCCAAGCGCCUCUACCCAGAGACCGAGGUCAUCAAGACCGAAGGCCGUGGCUGGGGGCUCAAGACCAAGCAGGACCUGAAAAAGGGGGACUUUGUGACGGAGUACGUUGGUGAGCUGAUCGACUCAGAGGAAUGCAGGCAGCGAAUCAAACGAGCUCACGAGAACCGCGUGACCAACUUCUACAUGCUGACCCUCACCAAGGACCGGGUGAUCGACGCGGGGCCCAAAGGGAACUUCUCUCGUUUCAUGAACCACAGCUGCAGCCCAAACUGCGAGACGCAGAAGUGGACGGUGAACGGGGACGUCCGGAUAGGCCUCUUUGCCGUUUGUGACAUCGAGGCGGAGACCGAAUUGACUUUCAACUACAACUUGGACUGUCUGGGCAACGGGAGGACGUCGUGCCAGUGUGGGGCAGAGAACUGCAGUGGGUUCCUGGGAGUGCGACCAAAGAGUGCAGUGGUGAUUGAGAAGGAGGAGAAGGCGCGCAAUGCCAAGCUAAAGCCGAAGAAGCGCAAAGUGAAGCCUGAGAGCAAGCAGGUCCACGAGUACUUCUGCUUCUGCUGCAGCGAGGGCGGGGAGCUUGUCAUGUGCGACAAGAAAGACUGCCCCAAGGCCUACCACCUGCUGUGUCUCAACCUGACCAAACCGCCCUUCGGGAGGUGGGAGUGCCCGUGGCACCAGUGCAACGUGUGCCAGCGCCCAGCGUCCUCCUUCUGCGACUUCUGCCCCACGUCCUUCUGCAGGGAGCACGACAGCGGGGUGAUGGUGCCCUCUGCCCUGGACGGGCGUCUCUGCUGCCCCAGCCACAACCCCGAGAGUCCCCUGGACCCCGAGUCUGACCAGGGCAAGGUCAAGGUCAAAGAGGAACCCCCAGAGCCUGUGGAGGGGACAGGAGAGUAACGGUGUUCUACGCUGGUGAUGUGAGGGAGGAGGCGGGAAGGGCGGCUUUCAACACAAAGUGUCCGCCACAUUCAGAAUCCACACUGGCAGCACGCAGUAUGUGGUGGGGUAGAAACAAAACGGCCUUUUUGCCUUUCAGGCUAUCGUAGUCUGCGAAAAAAGUCAAGAGACCUCAGCAAGAAAGCCGUGGCGGCUGCCAACCUUGUCCAUUCCAUUUUAACAGCAGGUGUGAGUUACAGAAAAGGCUGAACAUUCAAUGUGGUAGGGGAGGCUAAUACUUAAAUUAAAAUUUCAAAUUUCAAAAUUCACAUGAUAGUGUUGGCACUUCACGCCGUUUUGUCUGAAGUCACUUUGUGACAUGAGAUGAACAAGCACUUCUCACCCUUGCUGCUUUCUUGUUUGUUGGCUUGCUGUUACCAUGGUUACCUGUGACCUCUGGGGCCCGGCGCAUUGUAGAAAAAAAAAAAAAAACACGAUGCCUCGCUGGGCCACACAAGCAAGACAGCCCCCUCUGCCUCCUCCUCCAAAACACUAUUAAUCCACUCCAAAAAAUAUGAACUUUGUGCAAUGUACCUCUUGUAAAAAAUAUAUAUAAUAUUAUGAUACAAAAAAGAUUGGGGGGAAAAAAGUUGUGCAAUUUCAGCAGGAUUCCAGUACUUUCACAGAUGAUGGCACUAA